GAUCGCGUUAUAAUGGCGGGGAUGUGUUAAGGUUCCAUGUCCGAUUGCUGGCUUCUCAAGUUGCGAGAGGUUUCGCAGGCAAGAAGGCGAAAGCCGAGGCCCUAAGGAGUGGGAUCGCGCUAGGGCUUAGUGGUGCUCCUCUUGUCGCUCACGCGCUUCGAUUCUCUUCCUCUUCGUGCGGUCCUCUGAGUCUUCCUCUCCCUCGCCGGCGAACGCCGCAGCCGCCGGAGGGAUCGAGCUAGGGUUUCGUCGUACUCCUCUGAUCGCACACGCGGCAGUUCUCUUUUCCCCGUCGUCCGGUUGGCGGAGUCUUCCUCUUCCUUUCUGGAGCACGCUGCAGCCGUUGGAGAGCAAUGGAACACGCAGAAGAUGAGUGCCGUGUGGGUGGCGAGCAUCAUGGUAAACAGGACGAUGAGGAAAGCAUUGCACGCCUUGAGGAACAUCGAAAAUCAAUUGAUGCGAAAAUAGCUCUCCGUCAUAGUAAUCUGAAUCCUGAAAGACCAGAUUCUGGUUUUCUCAGGACACUGGACUCCAGUAUCAGACGUAAUACUGCAGUUAUUAAAAAGCUUAAACAGAUAAAUGAUGAGCAAAGAGAAGGCUUGUUGGAUGAGCUAAGAAGUGUUAACUUGAGCAAAUUCGUUAGUGAAGCUGUUGCUGCUAUUUGCGAUGCCAAGCUUAGAGCUUCAGACAUUCAGGCAGCUGUGCAGGUUUGCUCUUUGCUUCAUCAGAGAUACAAAGACUUCUCACCUUCCCUUGUUCAGGGCCUUUUAAAAGUUUUUUUUCCUGGAAAAUGUGGAGAUGAAUUAGAUGUUGAUAAAAGCCUGAGGGCAAUUAAGAAGCGGAGUACUCUGAAGCUUCUUAUGGAACUCUAUUUUGUUGGCGUGAUUGAUGAUUGCAGCAUACUUGUAAACAUUGUAAAGGAUCUUACUACCUUGGAUCAUUUGAAGGAUAGGGAGGUGACACAGACAAAUUUGUCCCUUCUCACAAGUUUUGCCCGACAAGGAAGAUUCUUUUUAGGCCUUCAGCAACCUGGACAAGAAAUUUAUGAUGAGUUCUUUAAAGGCCUUAAUGUCACCGCGGAUCAGAAGAAGUUUUUUAAGAAAGCAUUGCACUCGUAUUAUGACGCUGUCACUGAAUUACUUCUUUCUGAACAUAAUUCACUUCGGCUAAUGGAACUUGAGAAUGCAAAGGUAUUAAGCGCUAAGGGGGAGCUUAGCGAUGAGAAUGCUGCUUCCUAUGAGAAGCUUCGGAAGUCUUUCGAUCACUUGUUUCGUGGUGUCUCUUCUUUAGCUGAAGCCAUUGACAUGCAACCUCCUGUAAUGCCAGAUGAUGGGCAUGCAACUCGAGUUACAACAGGAGUUGAUGCAUCGUCUUCUGUUUCUGCCAAAGAAACAUCUGUUCUCGAACCUGUAUGGGAUGAUGAAGAUACACGAGCAUUUUAUGAAUCAUUACCUGAUCUCAGAGCGUUUGUUCCUGCUGUUUUACUUGGAGAAGCUGAACCAAAGUUGAAUGAACAACAACUGAAAGCACAUGAUCAACAAAAUGAAACUACAUUGGAGCCAGACAAUGAUGUGCAAGAUACUGCUGAGACCUGUGCUGAUUCAGAAUUUUCACCAGAGUGUAGAACAGAUGAAAAGGGAAAGGAUAAAGAUGACAAAGAUAAAGAAAGAAUCAGAGAUUCUGAAAAGGAAAAAUCUAAAGAGGACACUGAACGGAAAGAUGGGGAGAAGGAUAAGAUCAAAGGCCUUGAUGGAACAAGCUUGGACAGUCUACUACAGAGGCUUCCAGGCUGUGUAAGCCGUGAUCUUAUUGAUCAGUUGACGGUAGAAUUUUGCUACUUAAAUUCAAAGGCAAAUAGAAAGAAACUAGUCCGUGCCUUGUUCAAUGUCCCAAGGACCUCCUUAGAGUUAUUGCCAUACUAUUCUCGUAUGGUGGCAACAUUGUCAACUUGUAUGAAAGAUGUCCCAACAAUGCUUUUAUCGAUGUUGGAAGAGGAAUUCAACUUUUUGAUAAAUAAGAAGGAUCAAACAAACAUUGAAACAAAGAUAAAGAACAUUAGGUUUAUUGGAGAGCUAUGCAAGUUCAAAAUUGCUUCUGCAGGUCUUGUUUUUAGUUGCUUGAAGGCCUGUCUUGAUGAUUUCACCCAUCAUAAUAUUGAUGUUGCUUGCAACCUUCUUGAGACAUGUGGUCGGUUUUUGUACCGAUCACCUGAAACUACCAUACGCAUGUCAAAUAUGUUAGAGAUUUUGGUGCGAUUGAAAAAUGUCAAAAAUCUGGAUCCACGCCAUAGUACUCUGGUAGAAAAUGCCUAUUACUUGUGCAAACCACCUGAACGUUCUGCACGAGUUACUAAAGUCCGUCCUCCGUUACAUCAGUAUAUCAGGAAACUAAUUUUCUCAGAUCUUGAUAAGUCCACUGUUGAGCAUGUUCUUCGGCAACUGCGGAAGCUACCUUGGUCUGAAUGUGACUCGUAUAUCUUAAAGUGCUUUUUGAAGGUGCACAAGGGAAAAUACAGCCAAGUGCAUCUUAUUGCUUUACUCACCGCAGGGCUUGCUCGUUACCAUGAUGAAUUUGCGGUUGCACUUGUUGACGAGGUACUAGAGGAAAUUAGAUUGGGUUUGGAGUUGAAUGAUUAUGAGAUGCAGCAACGGCGGCUUGCACAUAUGAGGUUGCUAGGAGAGCUAUACAAUUAUGAGCAUAUUGAUUCUUCAGUAGUCUUUGAAACACUUUACUUGAUUAUUGCUUUUGGGCAUGGAACACCAGAACAAGAUGUCCUGGAUCCACCAGAAGAUUGUUUCCGGAUCAGAUUGGUGAUAACACUUCUUCAGACGUGUGGUCAUUAUUUUGAUAGAGGUUCUUCGAAGAGAAAGCUUGACAGGUUCUUAGUAUAUUUCCAACAAUAUGUUCUCAGCAAAGGUCCAAUACCACUUGAUGUUGAGUUUGACAUUCAGGAUACUUUUGCAGAUUUACGACCAAAUAUGACUAGGUACUCUUCAAUUGAGGAAGUUAAUGCAGCACUUCUUGAACUUGAGGAAAAUGAGCGCACAGCCUCAACUGAGAAGACCAGCAAUGAUAAGCACUCAGAUGGUGAAUCUCAAAAAGGUCAAUCUCAUACAAUGGCAUCUACCAUCACAGCCAAUGGAAAAAGCACCACAAAUGGAAUUGAGGAGAAUGGUAGGGUUCAUGAAGAGGCUGGAGACAGUGAGAGUUACUCAGAUAGUGGUAGUGUUUAUCAGGAGGGGCAUGAAGAUGAGGAAGAGCCUUUGUAUGAAGACAAAUCAGAUGAUGGGUCAGACGGUGAUGAGGAUGAUGACGAUGAUGAGGGUCCAGUUGGUUCUGAUGAGGAAGACAGUGUUCUGGUCAGGCAGAAGAUGGUGAAGGUUGAUCCCAAGGAGGAAGAGGACUUUGAGCGGGAGAUGAAGGCUCUGAUGCAGGAGAGCUUGGAGUCACGCAAGCUAGAAUUACGGUCUAGGCCUACCUUGAACAUGAUGAUACCAAUGAAUGUUUUUGAAGGUUCCAAGGAUCCAAGGUUUGUUGAAGGGGAGAGUGGCGAAGAAACAGUUGACGAGGAGGGUGGCAGUGGAGGACAGAACAGGGUGCGAGUAAAGGUGCUGAUGAAGAGAGGGAACAAGCAGCAAACAAAGCAAAUGUACAUCCCUCGGGAUUGCUCCCUUGUGCAUAGCACAAAGCAGCAGGAGGCUGCCGAGGUUGAGGAGAAGCUGGAAAUCAAGAAGAGGAUCCUGGAGUACAAUGAGAGGGAAGAGGAGGAACUAAGUGGUGCAUCGUCACAAGCUGGGAACUGGAUGCCUGCUGGAAACAGUGGCAGCAAUAGGCCUGCAGGCCGUGGAAAUUGGGAUGGCACGAGAACGGGUGGGCGACCACGGCAGAAUUCUUCGAGCGGGUACUAUCAUAGUUAUGGUAGGAGGAGAUGAGUGGAUGGUGUUGGUCUGGUUGAUUUUACACAAGUGACCUUGGAUGGUGAGUGAAGAUGAGUGGAUGGUGGCAGUGCGAUUGAUCUUUACACAAGGGUUCUUCUUGGAUGGUGAGCGAGUGAAGCUCGGCGCAGUCUUUGGUGUUCAAUGAGGGUCUCCCAAAUGCAAGCAAGGAAGCAUGGGUCUGCAUGUGACUCGAUGCAUGUAGAUGUAUAGGUGUGCUCGUGUAUAAAGAAGGCGCUAGGAUGAUGCUGUCAUGGAGUUUAAUGGUUCUGCAGGUAUAUGGAUAUGUUUAAAAAAAUUGAUUCGAGAAUGUGCUUGUGCUGUCAUUUCCUUUUUCUUCUCUGUAGCGACUCUUGAAAGCUAUUCUGUUUUUACCUCGCUUGCGUGCGGAAGUAAAUGCCAGAGUUAUAUUAA